AGGGUUUGGACUGUCACGUGUGUCUGUGAGGGGGAGGAGAGGGGGGGACAGGUCUACAGAGAGCGAGAGAGAGAAGUUGGCCAGGUGUAUCGCAGAGCGUCUCACUCAGUGCUGGUCAUGACCGCAGCUCGAUGCAGAUAGGUGAGAGAAGAAGGGUGAAGUCGGAGUGAGAGAAGAGAAGUCACCGGACGCAGGAUGGUGAGGUGUUGGAAACGUUCAGAAACCACCGGGUUGGAGGAUUCACAACACAUGGACGAGGGUCCAACAGUGUCCUGCCAGUUCCCACACAAGGCAUUCUGGGUGACCCUCAGUGCCACUCUCCUCCUGGUCAUCAUCGCCCUCGGCGUCAGGGGGCAUCUAUGGGUCAGACAGCCCGACGCACAGGUUGUCAGAAUCACAGUUCCGGAUCUGACUGGAACCCUGAUCAACCAAUCAGCAUUGGUGGACAAGCACAACGACCUGGUGACCUAUUCUGUGACCUCACCGGCCAACCACACAUCCACCGUGCUCUUUGACAUCAAACAUGGUUUGAUAUGUUACAAACCUAUGAACCAGGAGACUUGCUACCUGAGUAAGAUGGAGAGAUCUGACUAUGAAAACAUGCAGUCCCUUCUCCAGCAGUCAAUGCAAACGGUGUUGUUGGGGAAUGAGACCCGGAGACAGACAGAGUUCCUGGGGGUGAUGGGGGGCAGUCAGGUUGAUGUGUCCACCCUGGAGGAGCCUCUACAGGCUCUGUGUCGACACAGCUCCAUCCACUGGACCAGGAGACAAGACGGUCCAGGUAAACAGCGUCUGGUCUACUUCUGCAUUGACAUCUGCUUCCCUAGUAACAUCUGUGUGUCUGUCUGCUUCUACUACCUGCCGGAGUGACCUGCCAUCAUCCACUCUCAGGCAGAACAUACCAGCACUGAUCAGGGAAACAAAGUGCUCCUUCUCAUCCCUGCUAAGUCGCCGGCUACAAAAAAAACUAUUUGAAUACAACCGGGGAACAGCAGCCAGCUUUGACUCAAUACUGCAGCUACCUUAGUCCCUUCUAAGCUUUCGCCCCAGUCCUUCCCAUUCCAAGGGACGGAAACAAGCUGUCAAGUUUAUCUGCAGACUCCCCUCGUCACCCUCCCUUCAUGUUUAAUACCUUCCCUUGUGGCAGAGUAUAAGAGUCCGUUUUUUUUGUGCUUGUUAUUUCCUGUACUGCAACCCACAGCAGAUGAGUCAUUGUGUGUGUAACCAUUCCUGAUUAUUGGAGUGUGUUAAAUUACUUGAUUACUCCAAUAAAGAACAGUUGUGUAAAAUACGUAUUGUCUCUUUUACUAUAGUGAAAGGAAAUAGAAUCUUUCC